AAGUGCCGUGUUUCAUGUUCCGGUUGUGAUUUUAAGGAGGUUCCGCGCGCGUACGUUUGCAGCAGUCGAGAAGUCAACCUGAAAAACUGACCAAAGACUUAAACGGUGUUCAAUAUGUCGAACAGCAACAGGCACCGGGAUUUUCGGAACUUUUUGACUGAACGUUUUACCGCCGUGGCUGUGGAGGUUUUCGGAGAACUUGAAACUAUUGUGGAGUCAUACUACGAGGAAAACAAACGUCUGCGGAACAUACUUCACAUGGUGCUCAGCCCCGAGAUGAAGUUACCGAGGAUCGGUAUUGGUCAAUACACUGGAGCAAACACUGGUGUCAGAGAGCAGCCUCCAGAGUUUAAUCUCCAGAUGGACCUGCAAAUGUCAAAGCUGCUGCCUAAAAAAUCUAGAGAAGAAAGAGUUGAAUAUGACAUAAGCUGUGGAUCAGGACAACAGCAAAGGCUGGGGGAAAGCGAUAAAUUAAUUAUUCCAGACUGUGUGAAAAAUGACCCAGAAGAAAACCAAGACUCAGUCAUGCCCCCCAUCACUGACUCUUUCAAUGUUGAAGUGGUGGAGCGGAACCCCUGCUGUUCAGCCACACUCUUGGCUGAUGAAGUGGAGGACGAUUAUAAGGACCAUUUAUCACUGGGCACAGAUGCAGUCCUAUCCAGGAGCGAAGAAGACACAAGUGAAUGUCAGGAACCUCAGAAACACAAGAAAAAGUCAACAAAAAAGGUGCAGUCGAAAGAUGUGGCAAUCUUGCUCAAAGUGAAGUACCAAAAUACCAAGAAGUACAUCAGAUUACUGUCAGGGUUCUCCUUUUUGGAUUUCAUCGCUCAAGUCAAGUACAAGUUUGGGCUUCCUGAUGCUACUGAACUUGAUGCUUUUGAUGAAACCAGCACAGUAGUUGAGGAAGACAUUUUUUCUGAGCUGAUAGAGGCCAGUCCAGAUCUAUGCCUGACAGUACGUGACAGAAUUCCUCAUGCAGCUCAGACACUGGAGGAAGACAUCAUUCUUGAGGUACAGAUCGAUUCUGGUCCAAGUCCAACAACACAAGACGACAUUUCAGAGGAAGACUUCUCCCCUUUAGAUCAUUCAGCAUCCUCCCUCACGGAUACCAACACAUCACUUUCUGCAAGUGACAACGACCGCUCCAGUCGAAUAGAAAACAGGAUUCCCAUAGGCAGACGUACAUCCAGCUCUGAAGUCACACCCAGGCCUGCCACAGAGGCUUCUGAAUCAGAGGCUGCAAAAGAGAUGGUAAAAAAUGCUUUGCUUUGCAAACCUGGGGGUGAGGAUGUCAUCAAAGAGUACAAGGCAGAAAAGUCACUCACUCACCGCACCCGGAGACAGCUUGUCAACAUACUGGCUGGCCAUAUGACUGAGAGCCAUGGGAGGAUGCCUUCCCGUAGACAUAAGGAGAGGUAUGCCCUGGGAAUUAUAGCACUCUUUCCUUCACUAAAGGAUCCUUUUUCUCCAAAGGGCUAUGAGCACUUCUAUGAUGCAGAGAAAGGCACUGGAUAUUUAGCAUGGCGCCUUAAGACCAUGUCCAGGAAUACAGCAAAAAGACCAGCCAAGACGGCUACGGUGGCUCAAGCACAAGGACCAAAGCGCCGAAGAUUGGCAGCCACUUUGCCUGAGCAGCUUGAUGGAGGCGCCUGCAGGGAAGCCAUAUCAUUUCUCAUUCACUCUCAUGAUGAAGCAAGUGUGUUUCAGAAGAUGAAGAUAACCUUUCAAUAUCGCCAAGACCUAGUGCAUGACCCACAGAGAGCCACAGAUGUCUUUAAAACAUUUCCACGGUUUUUGGAUGUCAAGGGGCUGCUGAAUCAAGACUUCCUUCUGCUGUUUGGAGCCGAAACAGCCUCAAAGAUGCUUGAGAGGUGGGACACAACUUUCAGGCCCAAGGUUAUCGAUGAGGCCAAACACAUGACUCAGUCAGUUGAGCUGUGCCGACUUCUAAAAGCUGCUGAGAAACUGACAGAGAACGAUGACACCACCUGGGACAGUGACAUGGCUUCUCUGCUGCUCCUUCUCCAUCUUCUGCCACCCACAGCUGGAUGGAGGAGGACCAAGAUAAGCCCCAGCGAUGCAGUGGACAAAAUGUUGCACUUUCACAAGUCAUCCUGCAGCCUGGAUGAACACCUUCAGAGAAGAGAAGGUAGACAACCAUACAUCCUUGCUGUUGGUCGAACCAGGAACAGGAUUGACACUUUCUACAUUGUUGUGGACAAACAGCUCAUCCCCUGCCAAGCCACUAGCUCACUGGGUGCAUUUGAUGAACUGUUUAAAUCCCACUACGUGUUCAACCUGUCGUACGAUGAGUACCUGGGCCAGCUCUUCACCUUUGUGCAAACAACAGUUUACAAUAUUGAUGUAGCAACAACAAAUGAGUCUCCUAGAGUUCGUGAGUUUCGUGCAAAAAUCUUCAACUAAAGUACUUAAAUGUUUAAGUGUUUCAUUUGUCAAGCUGUGCAUGUUCCCUGCCAGUCCUUGAUCUCUCAUCUAAGACUCGAUCACAGUUAGUUUGUGCACAAGAUUGUUGUAGGCCUCAGUUUUCAACAUAUUCAGUUUUCAAAAAAAAAACAUUUAAUUAGUUCUCAUGAGAAGGAUUCUUGUCAAAGUGGAGAUGCAGCAAGGCCAGAGUCUUUUCAAACUGUUUUCCGCAUGCUCCAAGACACCUCAGACGUUGCCGGAACAAGUGUCAUGCAGAACCCAGAGUCUGAGUGUUUUGAGGACGAUGGAUCAGGUCAAAGAAACAAAGAAAAUACAGAAAAUAUUUGUGCUUCACUUGGGAAGAUGUUGUUAAAGCAGACAGUCUUGCGAUUUAUAAGCCUUUCGACUUACAAAGUGCUUGUGGUGGAGAUGAGAGCCAAUAUGUUGUGCCAUUAUUUGUAAAUGUUUAAGUUGUGCCUGAUCGUAUUAUUGUGCUGAUUCCUAUGGUGCUAGGAAGUUAUUUAUUUUUUGAAUAAAACUGAACUUAUGAUGUAACAGUAAA